CCAAAUUGUCGCUAUAUAGUAGUGAUAAUUAUAGGUAUAAUUGUUGUUUAUUUUUAGCGUAGAGAAAAACAACGCAGUGUCACGCGAAUUGACUCGACUGUUAAAAAUCCCCGUGGAUUCCUACAACAAUGUCUUGAACUUGCUGAAACUUAAACAUUUCGCGCCGUUGUUUGAUUACUUCGACUACAGUGCCAGAAAAGACAUGGCUACAUAUGUUGUGACAAACGCGGUAGAAAAUGAGACGGUUAUUACAUCACAGGAAUUGGUUGAUAAUAUUCUAUCCAUGGUCUCCCCUCUGGUAGUUGAUCAGGAAGAUCAGCCGGCCGAACCCGUGAGUCAUUUUGUCAUCUUUAUGGACAAACAUUGAACGUUUCUUUUUGAACAGAAUAAUGUGGACUGUUGGUGACGCCGUUGUUUUUUAUGGUGCAUGACACUUUCGCCACUGUGACCAUGUUCAGUUUCUACAAUAUGAUGCUGUCUGUUUGUAGUGUCGAAUGCUGUAAGAGUGUUUCCAGUUUGAGUCUACCAAACAGCGCAAUCUCUCUGGAUAAAUAAGGGAUUGGCCUUUAUAUAUACUGGACCAAUAGACUGUCCAAUAGGGAGAACAGUUUAGAACUAGUUUAGAACUGAUAGAGCUAUCCAUUAAAGAUAGUUUAGUUUUAUUGAAAAAUAUUUAGAAACUCUUUCUUCAACCGAAUUGUCUUUGUAUAUGGAACAAUCUAUCUCUGAUCAUUCGUAAUAGUUCGUCUCUAUAUUCGUAAUAGUUCAACUCUAUAUUCAGCACUCUUCUCAAUUAGAUUCUUCUUUUGAUAUAAACAGAAUGUAAACUUGGAAAACCUGUUCUAAACGCCGUUCUUUCAACUUAAGCUGUUACUCUUAAUCUGUCGUACUGUAUAUUUUAUAUAACUAGGUAAAUAGUGUUGUAAUCCUUGGUCUUCACAUGGGACUCGUGUGCUGUUGACCAUUACCUUCAACCAUAUUUAAAUUAAGUGUUGCUCAGUUUUUUCCGUAAUAAUUUUAUAGUACAAAAGUAUGGUUGUAAAGUUAAUAAAUAAAUAAAUAAAUACUACGUCAUUAUAGGAUGUUCUCUGAUCUUUUAUCUACUUUAAGGAUGAUGCUGACGAUUUUGCCGAUGAACAAAGCCUAAUGGGACGGUUCAUUAAUUUGUUCCAUGCGGACAGUCUUGAUCAACAGUAUCUGGUAAUUUUAGUUUUAAUGUCACAACGUAGCACAAUGCAUGUCUAUUCCUUUUCGCUUAUUGAAACCUGGUAAUUAUAUGGUACGUGUAUUUUUGAAGCUUCAAUUGUACGUUAUAGAUAUUAAAUGCGGCAAGAAAACACUUUGGUAGUGGAGGAGAAAAGAGGAUUAAGUAUACUUUACCUCCUGUGAUAUUUGCCGCUUAUCAGCUGGCGUUUGAUUAUAAUGAAUUGGAAGAUAAGGUAACAAGUGUUCAUGGUAAUUUAAAAUGAAACACCAUAUUAACAUCUUGUAUACAGCUAUUUCAAUUAAGGUUGUCCACGAGCAAAGCGGAAAAGUCGAAUACGAGCGCGAAAGGCUGCUGGGAAUCGUUUUGAAAAUUCAUUAAUUUGUUAGCGAUUCCCAGCAGCCUUUCGCGCUCGUAUUCGACUUUUCCGCUUUGCUCGUGGACAACCUUAAUUGAAAUAGCUGUAUGCUCACGAUUCGAGCUAUUUUAACAAGACAACAAAAUUCAAGGUAAUAUGUCGACUUUAUUCCAAAGUCAUUGUCAAUGACUUUGAAGUAAAGUCGACAUAUUUCCUUGAAUUUUGUUGUCUAAAUCAAGCUUGAAAAUAUAUUUUUCAAAGGUGCCUGACACUUUGUCAGGCACCAAUUGGGUGGUGCGCGACACUUCUCACUAGUCACUUAGUGCCAGAUAAAGUAAAUAUCAUAAUAUUAUAAUAAUAUAAGAAGCCAUAUUGAAAAUACAAACAUAUAUUUGUAUUGUGGCCCGGCAGCAAGCGCAAUAGAAGAGACUGGGGCAUAUUUUGUCGUGACAGGAAGUUUUCACGCACUGUCUCGUCGAAAAACUAAUUUAAACUACAGUGUGCACUGUAUAGCUAGCUAUUGCUUACUUUAAACAGAUGUAUUCACAGUACUUAAUGUACAUAUCUUUCACUUUUCAUCAAUAUAAUUAUAGCAGUAUCACUGUAUACAGACAGUUAUCAGACAAGCUAUAUUUCUUUGCCCAAUUUUGUCCAGACGCACUAGUUAUCUGUCUCCAGUAUAAAUUGGUUUAUUCUAUACUCAAAUAUUAAUAUUAUUUUUUUUUGUUCAAUACUUAGGAUGAAAAAUGGGAUAAGAAAUGUCAAAAGAUUUUCCAGUUUUGUCACCAGACUAUCGGAGCACUUGCAAAGUCAGAAUACGGAGAGCUGUCCUUGAGACUUUACCUGCAGGGCGCUCUGACGGCUGAUAAACAUGGCUUCUCUAACGCUGAGACUGUCGCUUAUGAAUUUAUGAGUCAGGUAACAAUGCUUCAGAAUUCAUGAACAAAACACUGAACGAUUGUCAAUAUACAGCACAAUCAAAGUAUCUUAAAAAUACUGAAGUUAUUAUAUAACGUACGAAUUAACUUUACUCAUGUAUACUGUAUAACUCUAUCAGUUUUGCAGUGUUCACCAAACACACGUAAAACAUGACGGGCUUGUAGCAGGCUCGUUAACAAGUUGUAACAAUGUUGUCAUUUUAUCAAUUAAGUUGCUGCAAGGUUUUCACUCAAACUUGUUGACAAAUUGCAGGACGAUAACAAGUCGUUGGAACAACUUGUAACAAGUGCAGCUCAACAACCUUGUAGCAAGUUCUCAACAAGCCGUUGACAACUUGUCAACAAGCUGGGAACAAGCAGUACAUCCUGUUGACAAGUUGUUGAAACAGCAUUGGUACAAGCCUGCUGCAGGUUUGUUACAACUUGUGCGUUUCUACGCGUGUUGAUGUUUUAGGGAGAGCUAUCCAGUAUAAAUAGAGUAGUUCAGUUUAACAUGCUUUGCACUUUAUUCCAGGCUUUUUCACUGUACGAAGACGAGGUCAGUGACUCGCGGGCUCAACUCGCCGCGAUAACGUUAAUAAUGGGUACGUUUGAAAAGAUGACGUGUUUCGGUGAAGAGAACCAUGAGCCACUGCGAACGCAGUGUGCGCUGGCGGCGGCCAAGUUGCUAAAGAAACCUGAUCAAUGUCGAGCAGUCGGCGUGUGUUCACAUCUGUUUUGGUCUGCCAAGAGUUCUGAUGGAGAGCAGAAAGAGGUAGGACUGGUCAUGAGUAAUAGGAGAAAGCAUAGAUAUACGAGUAAAUAAUUCGUGUACGUAACUCUAAUAUACUCAGUCACCUUACCAAUGCCCUAUUUGCUAUUGUCGUAGCCUGGGAAUAACAGGCCCGCGACUGUUGUCGCCGCAAAUGAAAGUAUCGACGCAGUUUCUUGCAAAUGGUCAUCAAACACUUAUUAUUCACUAUACCAGAGAACUGUACAGUAGAUAGGUAGGAUUCAACUAUACCUGAAAAAUACAAGCAAAAACUUCGACGUUUCGAGGAAAGUUCCUUAAGCCGGUUUUAAGCGACCUUUUUCCUUUGUCGGCAUCCAUUUUGCCACGUCUUGCUGACGUAAUAAAUGAUACCGACAAAGGAAAAAGGUCGCUUCGCGCGAGAAAAUUCGCUAGUGGAAAACCGGUUUUAGUAGCCCUACGACGAAGGGCCUUCGUUCGAAACUUCGAAGUUUAACUUGUAUUUUUCAAGUAGUCAUCUACAGUUCUCUGGUGUUUUUGUUACUACCUUGUGCUGUAAAAGAAUCUGAUGGAGACAUUUUAAACAACACUAUUUCAGGUUUCGAAAAACCCAUUUGCUAUGAACAAAAUGCAUCUUCCAAUUGUCAUUUUGGGACAAAAAAUUGCCGUGGAAGUGCUACAAUCUUUUGUCUAUGACGAUUGCGAAGACUCGAACAAAGAAAAUAUUUCUUAUUUAGUAGUAUAUCUAAUAUCUAAACUUCGCUUCUAUAUAUCUUCUAGCGUGGCAAUGAGAAACGCGUGAUGGAAUGCUUGAAGAAAGCACUACGUAUCGCGAAUCAAUGUAUGGACUCCACACUUCAAGUACAGCUGUUUGUUGAAAUACUCAACCGAUACUUGGUAUAUUACGAAAGCGGUUGUGAGACGGUAAGAUUGCUCUAUGGGAUUUUAUUGAGAAAUUAUAGCUAUUAACCAGAUUCUGUCAAGGACCAUUUCCACUCAGGACAAUUUUCCGUAGAAAGAAAAUGUUGUAAAAUGUGAUUGGCCGACACACAACGUUUUAUUUUUAAUUUCUUGUUGGGACCCGUUAGGGACGGACCAUUAGAAAAGUGAUGGGGGGGGGGGAAAAACCAGAAAAAAAUUAGGGGGAAAAAAUCUUCCCAGGUAUAGUGCAAAAAAAAUUCCUAACUUGGAAGAUAAGCCUAUAAAUUUCACUUAAAAAAAUAUUUCCAGCCAUCAAGUGAGAAAAACAUUUCUUCUAUAGGUGUACAAAAAAAUAUAUUGCCUCUUAGAAAAUCCUCUAAUGGUCCGUCCCUUAUUGGAGAGUUUAUCUCUGUGGUCAGUCCCUGCCAUCGCGUAAUUAUACUGGUCACGAUGUUAUAAAUGUAUGUUUGUAUUGUCUGGCGAAUCGUAUAAAUAAAAUAAACUUGGGCAAAGAAAAGAUACUUGGUCAAAGAAAAGAUACUUGGUCGGAUAAUUUAAGUGCUCAUUAAUAUGCCAUUUUUUCUCGUUGCCAGGUAACAAGCACGAUACUAAAUCAACUCAUGGACAAAAUCCGCGAGGAACUACCAAAUUUGGAGAGCAGUGGCGAGGAAACAGAUCAAAUUAACCGCCAUUUUGAAAAUACCGAAGCACACAUCCGAGCCAAGAAGGAAAGCGACUCACUUUAUGCUGAUGUCAAUGUCUAAAAAUAUCAUGCCCCUGAACUUCUUAAUUAGAACACUGAUUUAGAGAGAUCAGUGGAAUACAAACGUAAAUUUUACAAACGUACAAUAGAAAUAAUUCGUAUAAAUAAAAAAAGUAAUUCAUCUAAACUAUAUUGGUCGUAUUUUAAUCAAAUUUUAGCUAAUAAGUUCCAUUGCAAAACCAAAUAAAAUUAUUUUUGUUUUGUGGAAAAACACCUAUUUUUGAGUGUGCAUCCAUACCGUGCAAGCUGAAAAGUUUGCUUGGCCACGGUGGGAAUCGAACCCGCGACCUUUGGGAUACUAGUCCAAUGCUCUACCAACUGAGCUACGUGGUCAAGUCGGUUCGAGUUACGGUGGGAAUCGAACCGACUUGACCGCGUAUCCCAAAGGUCGCGGGUUCGAUUCCCACCGUGGCCAAGCAAACUUUUCAGCUUGCCCGGUGUGGAUGCAUACUCAGAGUAACAUCACAAACAUCAUAUUCACCUGAGUACAUAACACCAACACACAAACACCUAUUUUUAAUAUUUGGGGCGAAGCUUUCCAUCCAGAGCCAGAGGCGUUUCAGUAUAACGCGCG